GAAUGCGGUGAGGGACCAAAUGACGAGGCAACACGGGUUUUGCACGAGGCCGAAGUGAAAUCGCGGGAACGAUAUCGAGCAAUUCCCACUGAGAUGCUGCAAGUGCCAAGUGGGAUCGUGAUGUGGGGACGCCCCCCCCAAUCUCCUCUCGUCUGUGUCUGUGUCGGUCGCCAUUGCUUGCCCCAUGGUCAUCACCAUAUGGACAGAAACCUCGCGGCUCAAGUGCAGGUCAAGGGUUUCACAGUGUAUCCGUAUGCGCAUGCAAUCCAGCUGGGACGCAUCGGCUACGCCCGCCGUUGCAGCGCUAAUGGCACCGCAGCGCGAACGCCGUGCAAUCUCCAAUACACCUACAAUCGGGGCCGAGCACAUGACCGGAGCGCGCUUCGAGGGACCCUAGUUGUCCUAGCCCAUCCUCGAUAUGGAGCGACCGUCUUGAUGGCCCCCCCGUGCAUAAGCCGAGGGGUAAGUAAGCCAUGUUUUCGGAGAGAGACGGUCGUGUAUAGCAUCAGAAUAUGGCUGAGAAGCGAGCAAGCAGCAGCAUGUGAAAGCCGCAGGGUCCGGAUCACGGCAUCGUAUGUCUCGAGUUCCCGCCGUGCUGGAAUGGAGAGUCUCUACGAUAAAGGCCAAGGGGCAUUGGCUGUAUGGCGGCCAGGCCGAAACGGAUUCCAUCCGACUCUGUGCCGUGUGAGUGAGCGAGUGAGCCGGUGGCCUGUCGGCGUUGGGCAACUGGUGGGCAUGUAGACACUAGAUACACAAUACAACUUAUAUACAGACAGUAUGAGUGCGAAGUAGUCCUAGUUAUGU